GCAGUUCCCCCCGUGAAGCUUUGCGAUACUGUCGCGUCCCGUCGGCUCCGAGCCGUAAAAAGCGGCGCGGUGGCCCCGGCGGCGGAGGUGGCCGCGGUGCGGUGCGGUGCGAUGGCGGACAUAGAAGACCUCUUCGGCAGCGACGCGGACAGCGACGCGGAGCGCAAAGACUCUGAUUCUGGAUCCGGGUCUGAGUCUGACUCUGAUCAGGAGAAUGCGGCGUCGGGCAGUAACGCUUCUGGAAGUGAAAGUGACCAGGAUGACGCAGGUGACUCGGGGCAGCCGAGUAACAAGGAGCUAUUUGGUGACGACAGUGAGGAUGAGGGGGCGUCUCGACACAGUGGCAGCGAGAAUCCUUCUGAGCGAUCCGACAACAGAUCAGAGGCCUCUGAGCGCUCCGACCGGGAGGACAACGAUGGCUCUGAUGUGGACCAGCACAGCGGCUCAGACGGCCAGCAGGAGGAUGAGGACGAGGACGAGGACGAGGGCCGCAGGUCUGAAGGUGGGAGCCACCGCUCAGAGGCAGACGGCUCGGAGAAGGCUCAUUCAGAUGAUGACAAGUGGGGCAGAGAGGACAAGAGCGACCAGUCUGAUGAUGACGACGACGAGAAGAUGCAGAACUCGGACGAGGAGGAGCGGGCCCAGGCAUCCGACGAGGACAAGCUACCCAACUCGGACGACGAGAAGAUGCAGAACUCAGACGACGACGAGCGGCCCGCGCUGUCGGAGGAGGAGAAGGCCAACUCGGAUGAGGAGCAGCCAGCAGCAUCUGACAAUGAGGACGGGAAGCAGAACUCUGAUGAUGACGAGCGGCCACAGGGCUCCGACGAGGACAAAGCACAGAUCUCCGACGAUGAGCGCCCACAGGCCUCGGACGAGGACCAUAGGCCGUCGGACGAUGAGGAGGAGCAGGACCACAAGUCAGAAUCCGCAAGAGGCAGCGAUAGUGAAGACGAAGUCUUACGGAUGAAACGCAAGAAUGCGAUUGCAUCGGAUUCCGAAGCAGACAGCGACGCUGAGCUGCCCAAAGACAACAGCGGCACCAUGGACCUGUUCGGAGGUGCAGAUGACAUUUCUUCUGGGAGUGAUGGGGAGGACAAGCCGCCCACACCGGGGCAGCCUGUGGAUGAGAAUGGAUUGCCUCAGGACCAGCAGGAGGAGGAGCCCAUUCCUGAGACCAGAAUAGAAGUGGAAAUCCCCAAAGUCAACACUGACUUAGGAAAUGACCUGUAUUUUGUCAAACUGCCCAACUUCCUCAGUGUGGAGCCCAGGCCUUUUGAUCCUCAGUACUAUGAAGAUGAAUUUGAGGAUGAGGAAAUGCUGGAUGAAGAAGGCAGAACCAGGUUAAAAUUAAAGGUAGAAAACACUAUCCGAUGGCGGACUCGCCGCGAUGAGGAGGGAAAUGAAAUUAAGGAGAGCAACGCUCGUAUCGUCAAGUGGUCAGACGGCAGCAUGUCUCUGCAUCUGGGCAACGAGGUCUUCGAUGUGUACAAGGCCCCGCUGCAGGGCGACCACAACCACCUCUUCAUCCGGCAGGGCACCGGCCUGCAGGGACAGGCAGUCUUCAAGACGAAGCUAACCUUCAGACCUCACUCCACAGACAGCGCCACGCACCGGAAGAUGACGUUGUCACUUGCGGACAGAUGCUCAAAGACACAGAAGAUUAGGAUCUUGCCAAUGGCUGGCCGCGACCCCGAGUGCCAGCGCACAGAGAUGAUCAAGAAGGAGGAGGAGCGCCUGCGCGCGUCCAUCCGCCGGGAGUCGCAGCAGCGCCGCAUGCGGGAGAAGCAGCACCAGCGUGGGCUGAGCGCCAGCUACCUGGAGCCCGACCGCUACGACGAGGAGGAGGAGGGUGAGGAGUCCAUCAGUCUGGCUGCCAUCAAGAACCGCUACAAAGGCGGCAUCCGCGAGGAGCGCGCCAGGAUCUACUCCUCAGACAGCGAUGAGGGCUCGGAGGAGGACAAGGCACAGCGGUUGCUCAAGGCCAAGAAACUCAACAGCGAUGAGGAAGGCGAGCCGUCUGGAAAGAGGAAGGCAGAAGACGAUGACAAGGCUGGUAAGAAGCACAAGAAGUAUGUGAUCAGCGAUGAGGAGGAGGAGGAGGACUAGUGCGGGGGGGCUUUAUGUAUGGAUUGUACAGUUUGCUGUAUAAACAUGUAAACAUGAGCUGUUUUGAUUUAAAUGAAUUGAUCUGCAUUUGUGUAAUUUUAAUUGUAAUAAAAAACCUUGAAGGGCA